CAGAGCUCCCUCCCCAGUUGCCCGCUGGACCCGAGGUGGGACGGUCGCGUCGGUGGUGCCCUCCGACAGACUGACGGCCACGAUGAGGGAGCUCUAACCAGCAGGCAGCUCAACGCUCGGCUUUCGGUGACCUUGACGCCCGUGACCUGGAAUCAGCUGACGCGUCCGGACGUGACGUCACGUGUCACGUGACUUGAAGGACUGCCCCGUGAGACUGCCAGGGAUGUCGCAAAAUGGCGUGGCCCGCAGUGCGCCGUAUCCCGACUUUCCAGUAGACUAUCAGAAACUGAUUAAACUGUUCGAGUGUCCGUUGUGUCACGAGUAUAUGCGGCCGCCGAUUCCGCAGUGCAAGAAAGGUCACGUACUCUGUGAAAAGUGUCGACCCAAAGUAAAGGGCGUCUGUCCACUCUGCAAGCAGCUGGUGGGAAACCAGACGAACCUGAUGAUGGAGAAGAUAUGCCUGCUCGUCAAAUUCCCUUGCGGAUACGCGGAAAAGGGCUGCUCCGAGCUGGUGCCCCUCCGAGAGAAGACACACCACGAGAGCAUGUGCGACUUCCACCCGGUUCACUGCGAGUACACGCGGAACGGGUGUGACGUCAUCCUCUGCCUUCGAGACAUGACCAAACACGUGCGGCAGUGCCGCUUCCGACCUGCCUGAGCGGCCGGCUCGCGUGCUCAUGUCAGAGGUCACAGUGAGGUCACAGACCGCCUGAUCGUCCCCUCAAGGUCAGAGGUCAGGGUCAGAGCCGUCAGUCGCGCACUAAACGCCAGAGGUCGCGCAUGGUUCCCGACUGGGCCAGUGCUACUGCCGCGUGACGUUGUCGGUUGUCGAAUGGCCCCGUGUUGAUCUGUGUUGGGGGCCGAUGUUGUUCUUACGGCAUGAACGGCGUAUCACUGUUGUCGCCUCUGCGUUUUCUCAGUGUAAGUGUUUCAUUGUGCAUGAUGUGUUCCCAUGCUGUAUAUGAACACAGGGCAUGGCAGCCUCUGUGAAGCUGCCAUGCACCUAUACAACGUGUUCUUUCAAUGUCACUUUGACUGUAUGUCUGUGUAGGGGCUGGCGCAUCUAUAGGGUUGGGUUCAGUAGUGCGCAAAUGAAUCAGUACCUGUUAUGUGCGAUAAGUGUGCGCUGAGAAAGCUAUCAUACACAUAGAUUUUCAAACUAAGAUGCAAUGAAAGAGCAGUUGUUUGAUAUUGUUGUUAAAUAGAGAGCUGAUAUGGGCAGUGGGCACCCAUGGAAAAGGACACCCAUGGACGCCAUUCUCCGGGUCAAAGUGGAAGCAUGCUAGACACCGGACUGUGGUUGGCGCUGGUAUAAUUGUUCGCCAUUCACAACUUCGAAACCUACAAUUCGUUAUCUCUCCAUGCAUUCGUCGAAUCGACUGCACCUAUUUCAGUGUCCAUCGGCGUUUGUCUAGCAGUAAUUUAAAGCACAUCGAAAUAAAUAUUACAGCUCUA